AUGAUACGUUGUAUCAAUAAAUGCAUCAUCUGGGCUAUUUUGUUUUCUUCCCUACAAGAUUUUUACCUAUUUUGUAAUUUUAAAUUUAUAUACCGCAUAAGCGCUGCUUGCAUAGCCAGUAACCCUAAAUACUUUAGGAAAAUUCCAAUAAGUUUUUAUCAAGACGGAAUAUCAGAUAGAAUCGUAUAUAAACAAGAUAUUAUAAGUAAAUCGUAUUCAUUUGUAAGUAACCCUGUUUCUUUAUCGCACAAUGAGUUUGUACUAUACGCAAAUAAGCCUAAAACAACCAAAAAGGGAACCACCCCAAGCAAGAAAUCAGGAGGGAAAUCGACCUCAAAAGGCCCUGCUAAGGGGUCUGGAAAAGGAGGUGGUAAAGGAGCCGGAAAAGGAGGUGGAAAGUCUAAAGCUAGUAGUAAAAAGAGUAAGCCCACAAAGGCUGAAUUAUCAAUGCUAAGAGCCAGAGCAAAGGCGAAAAAAGAAAAACAGAAGAAGGAACAUAUAUUUGGAAGAUCAAAAGUCACAUUAGAAGAAGAAGAUAAAGAAGAAUUAGAAAAGGAAUACCAAAGAAGAAUUUCAAUAACAGAUACUCCAUCAUACACCCAAAAAUUAUCAAUGGAUUUGAUAUUGGACCAAGCGAGGCCUUAUAUGUCAUUGUUUGAUGAGGAAAUUGUAACCAAAAAUGACCUUUUAGGUUUCGACAUGCCCUACGGACUGGUGCCUAGAGAAAGAUAUGAACUUUGGAAACUAUGUGGUCGUAUAAGUGAUCCCUGUGCUCCUUUUAGCUCACAAUCUUUGACUACGCGAAUGUUUGUUCAAAGAUUAUUCGGAAAUAAGUAUGAAAUAUCGAGGGACGAUUUUAAUUAUAAAAUCGAAUAUAAAAUGAAGUUUUACACACCUGGUUAUGGCGAUAUCUUCUUCAUGGAUAAAAUUCGUUGUUGGAAAGCUUAUUAUUUAACACGAGAUUAUAAAUAUGGUCCUGAAGAUUUGCCGACCUAUACAACAAUGUACCCGUUGGCAAGACCCGAGGAUAAUGUACCACUAAGCACAGCAAUGUUAGCAGUAAAUGCGGAGAUUAACCGCCAGGGUGUACACCCUUCCCUUCUGGAUAUGCUAUGGGACUUUUUCAACAAGCCAGCCUCUUCAGUUAGUGAUGGUUCAUCUGACGAGGACAAAACAGAUAGAGUCUUAAACCGAGAUGUUGUAACAUAUAAGCUGAAUUGGCUAAUUGAGAGGUUGGAGAACAGGGACGAAGAGGAGGGAAUAUCUCCUGACAACUUCUACAGAAUAUUUUACGAGAAAGCUAAGCAGUACAUCAAUAACUUCGACAUGGAUUUGUUUAUAAGGGACCAGCUGAGGAACUUACACAUCAUAGACACGCAUAAAAUGAUGCUAAUGAAUAAUCGAGCACUGAGAAGGCGAAAUAAAAUUUUAAGGGAGGCAUACAACGACGAUUUGAAGAGUUUGUACGCAGCAAGAGUGCCAAGAACAUAUAAGAGAUAUGAGAGAGCCAGGCUGGCUGGUUACUUUAACAUGUUAAAUCACAUGUACGAAAUGAGAGAAAGGAGGAAAGUGUGGGUGGAACCAGAGGAGCCUGAACCCGAAGUGCCUUUGAGUCAUGAGGACGAACUAUUUGAAAGAGAAGUGCAAAAAUAUGCGAUCAAGGAUAAAAGAAAAGAAGAAAUGAAAAGAAGAAAAGCAAGAAGAUCAAAAGGCAAAAAAUAA